CAAACUCAUCGACACCAUGUCGAAUAAUUCAUCUAUCUUUACAAACCCCAAUCCACCACCACCACAUACUUUCUCACCAAUGUCAGCACGCGGAAAAUAUGUCGUGGGUGUGUGUGCUAUGGAUCGCAAAGCAAGAUCAAAACCCAUGCGCUACAUCCUUAACCGAUUACUUGCCCAUGGAAAUUUCGAAAUUGUGAUUUUUGGAGACAAGACGAUUCUCGAUGAAGAUGUCGAAAACUGGCCUGGAUGUGACUUUCUCAUUUGCUUCUUUUCCGGGGAUUUUCCUCUCGAGAAGGCUGUCAAGUACACAAACUUGAGACACCCCUUUGUAGUCAAUAAUGUGGCAAUGCAAAGCUUAUUGUGGGAUCGACGAGUGGUUUUAUCUGUUUUGGACGCCAUUGGUGUACCAACACCUCCAAGACUAGUUGUAUCUCGCGAUGGAGGUGCACGGGUCGAUAAAGACGCUGCUGCUGAAUUUAAGGAAUUCACGGGAAUGGAUAUGGAACGUGUACUUGCUAAAUACACUAAUAACAGCACCGGAGUCAAGAUUACUGAAGACGGUAUCGAGGCAGACGGAAAGAAGCUCUUGAAAACUUUCAUUGAGAAACCUAUCGAUGGAGAAAACCACAAUAUCAACAUAUAUUACUCUAAAGACAAAGGUGGAGGAGGUCGCCGUCUGUUCCGCAAGAUCGGAAACAAGUCUAGCGAAUUCGAUUCCUCAUUGAAUCUGGCAUCCACGGAAGGCUCUUGGAUUUAUGAAAAAUUGAUGGAGACUGAAAACUGUGAAGACAUUAAACUGUACACAGUUGGACCUACAUUUGUACAUGCUGAAACAAGAAAAUCUCCUACCGUGGAUGGACUAGUAAAACGCAACACAGAUGGGAAAGAGAUACGCUAUUGUGCAGAGCUUACACAAGAAGAGACAGAUAUUGCUCGUAAAGUAUCAAAGGCUUUCGGCCAAUCCGUAUGCGGACUGGAUCUUUUGCGUGUACAGGGAAAGUCAUAUGUUAUUGACGUUAAUGGCUGGAGCUUUGUCAAGGGAAAUGAUCAUUACUACGACCAAUGUGCACGUUUGUUGAGUGAGGACUUUUAUCGAUCGGUUCAGCGUCGUCCUUCGAUGCUAGUCGAUACAAUCCCACCAGAGAUUGCACCUGAAAAUUCGUGGCGCCUGAAGGGAUUUGUCGGUGUAUUCCGUCAUGGUGACCGUACUCCUAAAGAGAAAGUCAAAAUCUCAGUCAUGUCACAGCCUUUUAUCGAUCUAUUGGACGGAUCUAAGCAGGAAGUUGUAUUCCGCCAGAAGCACCAACUUGGCCUUGUUUCGAGUGCAGUCGAGGAAUGUCUUGAAAAGAAUCUUGAAGACUCUACAAAGCUACGUACCCUCAAAGAAAUCCUCGAAAAGAAACGAGAAUUGCCUGGCACAAAGGUCCAGCUGAAGCCCCAGUUUGACAAGACAACUGGCGAACUCAAGAAGCUACAAGUUAAUGUCAAAUGGGGAGGAGAGUUCACCCAUGCCGGCCUUCACCAGGCUCGUGAUUUGGGAGAAAACCUUCGUAAAGAUAUGAACAUCCUGAACAGAAAUGUAAUGGACAACGUCAAGAUCUACAGUAGUUCCGAGCGCCGCUGCCGUGCUACAGCAGAUGUGUUUGCACGCUGGUUCCUAGGCCAACCCGAUUCAAUUGAAGGGAUCAUCACCGAAAGUAAAUUCUUGCUUGACGACAGUAAUGCCUCUAAAGAACCUGGAGAUGCAGUUAAGAAACAGCUCAAGGAACUUUUGCGACCCGGGCACAUCAUUCCUGAACUGCAAUUGGCACAGAUGGGCUGGCCAAAAGAUCUUCCUCAACCUCAUCUUGUAUUGCAAGAAAUUUCUCGCAUCAUGGCACGCAUGCAACGUGUAAUGAAUGAAAAUUGGUCAACUAAGAAUGUCGAUGAGCUUCAGCGUCGUUGGUGUUGCUUUGAAUCGCCUACAUUGUUCAAGGAACGUUGGGAGAAGAUGUUUAGAUACUUUUGCAAUAAUGUUAGUGGUGAUGAUAGCGAUGAUCCCGAAGUGAGACGACGUGCUGAUGCGGAACGUGUGAUUGAUCCUUCAUGGAUUCCAGAAAUGUACGACAUGCUCAAGUAUGAUGCUCUCCACAACAGGCCAUUCCUCCAGGCAAUCUUUAGUGCAGACGGAACAGUUCCCGAUGACCGUAAUUCAAGACGGUUGUCUGGCGACAAUACCACACCUUGCUGCGGAAAUAACGACCUUAGAGACCUUUAUAAGAACGUCCGCCUGAUGUUUGACUUUAUUGCACCUGCAGAGUUUGGUAUCACGGAUACUGAAAAGAUGAACAUUGGGAUGUUGAUCAGUUUGCCUCUUCUCAAGUCUAUUCUUCGCAACUUGGCUGACAUGAAGAGAGCAGAUAAUCCAAAGACCCGGAUGUACUUUACCAAAGAAUCACAUGUCCAUGCUCUUCUUAAUCUCGUCUAUCUAUCGGGAGUACCUACCAAGGGACCAAGAAACAGACUUCCUGAACUUGAUUUCUUGACUCAGAUUACAUUUGAGCUUUAUGAACGCAAUCAAUUGAGUGAUGGGAAAAAGGAAUAUUCCCUCAGAAUUGCCUUUAGUCCAGGUGCUCAUUACGACAGUGUGCUUGAUUUGCAUAUGGAUGCUGAGCAUUGUUUAAAGGUGGCUCCUCGCAAAAAUCUCCUCCCACACCUAUCGCUUGAAGAAGUGGUGGCCUAUCACCAAAAAUAUCUAAAAGUACCCAAUCUGGCCAGUAUCGAGAAGCAAAUCGAGGCCACAAAACUUUACUACGCCCAGGAGGAUAACCAAUAGACCAGAAACCUACCUACGCUCACAUUUUCUAUAAAUAUAUAUACAAUUACAUUUAUAUAGGAUGUUUACAAAAUAUUCAUACAUCUGUGUAAAUACACUUUCAAAGAAAAAAAAACAUAUACACCCACACAAAAUAUAGAUAUCACUGCUGCUCUAAAACACUUGCACAUAUUCUUUUUCAUUUUUUUGUUUAUUAUUCUCAACAAGAAAUUCGACAGGUUGAUUUUUGCCUGGUUUCGCUUUUUUAUAUGCAAUUUUAACGGUUAGACUUGGCAACACGCUCGAGCUCGUCCUUCUUCUUGAUGGCAUAGGAGUUGGAGGAACCCUUGGCGGCGUUGAUCAACUCAUCAGCGAGACAUUCAGCAAUGGUCUUGACGUUGCGGAAAGCAGCCUCACGGGUACCGGUGGUCAACAAGGAGAUAGACUGGUUGACGCGACGGAGGGGGGAGACAUCGACGGCCUGACGACGGACAGUACCCUGGGAACCAAUACGGGUGGAAUCUUCACGGGGACCGGUGUUGAUAAUAGCAUCGACGAGGAUUUGGAUGGGGUUCUGGUCGGUCAACAAGUGAACGAUCUCGAAAGCGUGCUGGACAAUGCGGGCAGCCAACAACUUCUUACCGUUGUUGCGACCGUGCAUCAUGAGCGAGUUGGUCAAACGCUCAACGAUGGGGCACUGAGCCUUGCGGAAACGCUUGGCGGCAAAGCGACCAGCAGUAUGGGGGAGGUAGACAUGCUGGCGGACGGAAAUGUAAUCCUGGAGAGAGAUGUCUUUGACCUCGAUUUCCUCGUAGGACCACUUGUUGAAGAGCUUGGGAGAGCUUUCGGCGCUGGCCAAAAUGUCAGCAGGCAAGUUCAAUGCAACCAUGCU